AAGACAGAGGCAGGCCGCUACGAGACGAGGGGAAGAAGGUCAGAAUCCCAGAGUGGGAGAAAGUCCCAACGCCUCCAACAGCUCCCCUGCUUUUCUUAACAACGGCGUUGGCCAACAACAAGGAGAAGAGCGGUUAACCAACCCAUCGAUGAGUCUUUCUCCGCCGCCCCUGUGCUUAAAACCCGGGACUUCCCUCUUGUCUCUCUGAGUUGGUUUUAGGAAUUCGGCGUGGAGAGGCGGAGAGGGGGUGUGUUCAAGAUGAAGCACGUGGUGGAGGUGGAGAAGGGGCGGGAGGGCGGCGACGGCAGGCCGUCCGUCGGCCCCGCCUAUCGGAGCGUCUUCGCCAAGGAUGGCUUCCCCCAGCCCGUCCCCGGCUUGGAGAGCUGUUGGGAUGUUUUCCGCAUGUCUGUGGAGAAGAAUCCCAAGAAUCGAAUGCUUGGCAGUCGAGAGUUUGUUGAUGGGAAGGCGGGUGAAUAUAUCUGGUGGAGUUACGAAGAAGUAUAUAACACUGUGAUGAAAGUUGGGGCUUCCAUUCGCCAUUGUGGAGUAGAGCAGGGUGGUCGUUGUGGUAUCUAUGGAGUCAACUGUCCUGAGUGGGUCAUCACUAUGGAGGCUUGCAAUGCUCAUGGAAUUUACUGUGUUCCCCUGUAUGAUACCCUUGGCCCUGGCGCAGUAGAAUUCAUUAUAUGUCAUGCAGAAGUUCAGAUUGUUUUUGUUGAAGAAAAAAAGAUUAUGGAGCUGUUGAAAACUUUUCCCAAUUCAACCAAGUUCCUGAAAACACUUGUAAGUUUUGGGAAGGUCACUCCUAAGCAGCGAGAAGAGGUUGAAAAUUUUGGUGUGGCAGUGUAUUCUUGGGAUGAAUUUUUGCUUGUGGGAGAAAAUCAACAAUUUGAUCUUCCAGUAAAUAAAAAAACAGAUAUCUGUACAAUAAUGUACACCAGUGGAACAACUGGCGACCCUAAGGGUGUAAUGAUAUCCAAUGAAAGCAUUAUUACUCUUAUUGCUGGUGUGGAUCGGCUGCUUCAUUGUGUAAAUGAACAGUUUCAUGAGGAUGAUGUUUAUCUAUCAUAUCUGCCUUUGGCGCAUAUUUUUGAUCGAGUGAUUGAGGAGUUAUUUAUCUUUCAAGGGGCCUCAAUAGGAUUUUGGCGUGGGGAUAUCAAAUUGUUAGUUGAAGAUAUUGGGGUGCUAAAACCAACUGUCUUUUGUGCGGUUCCACGUGUACUGGAUCGAAUUUAUUCAGGUCUGCAAGAUAAGAUUUUUUCAGGUGGUUUUCUGAAGCAAACUCUGUUUAAUUUUGCUUAUAAAUACAAACUACGUAACAUGAAUAGGGGAAGUAAACAUGACGAGGCGUCUCCAAUUUUAGAUAAAAUCGUUUUUAAUAAGGUGAAACAAGGACUAGGUGGAAAGGUACGACUUAUCUUGUCUGGAGCAGCUCCAUUAGCUACCCAUGUUGAAGCCUUUUUACGGGUGGUGACAUGUGCCCAUGUUGUACAAGGCUAUGGUCUGACGGAAAGUUGUGCGGGAACUUUUGUAUCACUACCGAAUGACAUUGCAAUGGUUGGAACAGUGGGCCCUCCAGUGCCAAAUGUUGAUGUGUGCCUUGAGUCUGUUCCUGAAAUGGGAUAUGAUGCCCUCUCCAGCAUACCCCGUGGAGAAAUUUGCAUCAGAGGAAAAACCUUGUUCUCAGGAUAUUACAAAAGAGAAGACCUCACAAAUGAAGUUAUGAUUGAUGGGUGGUUUCAUACAGGGGAUGUUGGAGAAUGGCAACCAGAUGGAAGCUUAAAAAUUAUUGACAGGAAGAAAAAUAUCUUUAAACUUUCUCAAGGAGAGUAUGUUGCAGUUGAAAAUCUGGAGAACAUAUAUGGUCUUGUUCCUGAUAUAGACGCGAUAUGGAUAUACGGGAAUAGCUUUGAGUCCUUCCUUGUUGCCAUUGUAAAUCCGAAUGAACUGGCUCUGGAGCGUUGGGCUAAAGAAAAUGGUAUAAGUGGAGAUUUUGCUGCCAUCUGUGAAAAUCCCAAAACUAAAGAAUCAAUCCUUGGGGAACUCACAAAAAUUGCAAAAGCAAAGAAAUUGAAAGGUUUUGAGUUCAUUAAAGCUGUUCACCUUGACCUCAUACCAUUUGACAUGGAACGUGAUCUGCUUACCCCAACUUACAAGAAGAAGCGGCCCCAGUUGCUCAAGUACUACCAGACGGUCAUUAAUGGCCUGUACAAGAACACCAAGUGAUCAACUAACUGAUCAAACAGGAGGGACUGAUGCAUAUGGCAAAGCAUUGCUUCUCCCUUUUUGCUCCCUUGUUAUAUCUGAUUAAGGGAACUGCUGCUGCUGCUUCUCUUUGGUGGUAGAGACUAUUUUUUAUCAAUUUGUUUUAUUAAUAUGCUUGAACCUAUUUAUUUCAUACCCCCAAAACAGUUGUGUAUAGUGAACCUGCAAUACAUGCUUGGAUGAAAACACACACUCUCCUUUUGGAUGUUUUUAAGCUUAUGGGAACAUUGGUAAUAUAAACUGUUCUUGUUGAACAACAUAUGAUGAAUUGCUGCAACUCA